GAGACCGCUAUGGCUCAACAAAGUACACCAAAGGUCGUUAAGACCUCAUAUACAUCCCGACCUGUCAACAUUCCACCUUCUUUCCUGAAAGAUCCUCUACCCCACCCUAUCUCCGUCGCACACGUCGAUUUCCCGAACGGCAACCUUCCAGAAUACGAGGGUCUCUACGCUGUAGUACUCGAUGGUGUUUUGACUUCCUCCGAAUGCAAUGAGCUCCUCGGUCUUUGCGAACAAAGCGUCGACGAUUCUUCCGUUCCAAAUGAUGGUCUAUCCGACUCUAGAAGCGAUGAUCGUAGCAAAGCAGCCGCACUAUGGCGUCCUGCGAUGGUCAACGCCGGGCCCGGCCGCGAAGUCAUGCUUCAAGACUAUCGGCACUGCGAUCGUAUUAUUUGGGAUGAUCGAGAGGUGGUGAAACGCAUAUGGGACAGGUGCGCUCUGGACGAAGGUGUUCAAGAGCAGUUAGCCAGGAUCGGAGGGAAAGGGAGUGCAAAGGUGCAAGGGUCUUGGAUGGAGGAAGGGGGUAGUAAGUGGAAGUUUGUGAGACUAAAUGAGAGGAUGAGAUUCCUGAGGUAUGGGAAGGGGAUGUUCUUCAAAGAGCAUUGUGAUGGGUCGUACGUUGACCCCGAAACCCGCCAACGCUCGUUCUAUACCCUACAUCUCUAUCUUAAUGAUAGUGCUCCUCAAAGCGACAGCGAGAAGUCUCUAAUCGGCGGUGCCACUACGUUUCACUCCGACGACAUGAGUCGCAGUAUGGACGUAGACCCUAAGGCUGGGCGCGUACUCAUAUUCCAGCACAAAGGUCUGCUGCAUUCUGGCGCCGAGGUGUCCUCAGGGAUCAAGUACACGAUGAGGACGGACCUCAUGUUUGAGCUAGAGUCGAAGGAAGAGUCGAUCCUGAAGGAGAAGGAGAAGAAGAAGAACUUCUUGAGCAGGUUCGGUAAAUCUUGAGUACAUGGUCCGUUCUCAGCGUCGAGCCUCAGGCCUCAUGUCCCUUCAUUAGUUACACAGUACUGAUUGACUCAUUGUCCACCGUGGUUGAGGCUUUGUGUCGGUCUGAUUGGCAUGUCUAACGUUCUCUUCACAUCGCUAUCCCGUAGUGUCUUUUUGCUUUGUAUUGAGCUUCAUAUCUGGAUUUAUUCCAUGACGAAACCG